CGCAGGUGUCUGCUCCUUACCAGCGCAGCUAAAAUCAGCUGAAGCGCCGACGGAGCUGCUCAGACACAAACUGGACCAUUUUUCACAGUUAUGAAUACGAUGGGAUCCGGUGUCGGUUAUUUCAUCUGACUGUCCUGUUUUACUUUUGAUGCUCGCUGGAAAUGACGAAGAACAUUAUAGUUCGCUGCGUUUUCGUUUUUCUCUGGGCGAUGUUGGAGCGGAGCAACAUGCAAAUUGCUCUACCUGUCACAGCUUCGACCUGCUGUGAAGGGGAUAUACUCCUUUUGCUGGACUCUUCAGGAAGUGUAUCAAACUAUGAGUUCGUACGCAUGUUGUGCUUUGCUGCUCACCUGCUUCGUCCCUUCUCACUGGGUUGUGGCUUCAUAAGAGUCGGGCUGCUGCAGGUGGGCACCAACCCUGUCCUGGAGUUUGGCCUGGACGUCCACAACAAUCAGGACAGUCUGCAGAAAGCCCUGCAGAGUGUCAGCCAGCUGCAGGGAGACACCAACACUAAGGCAGCACUCGAGGUGGCUCAGCAACUCCUGACAGAGGAGAACAUACCAAAGAUACUGCUUUGGCUGACUGAUGGCGUCCAGCCUGGAGAUGUUGACGAGUCGAUGUCUGAGCUGAAACAGCAGGGAGUUUCUGUGUUAAUUGUGUCUAUGGCACAUGGCAACUUUGAUGUGUUACAACGUGUUGUGACACCUCCUCUGGAGUCACACCUCUACUCAGUGGACAUUGAUGACAUCGACCUCAUCACAGAGGACCUGAGGGAGGCCAUCCUCAAAAUUAUCCAUGUAGGACGGCUGCGUGCGGUUCACUUGACUUCCCACAGUGCUGUGCUGCUGUGGUGUCCUGUUCUGAGUGCAGGCAGUGGGUGCUAUGAACUCUGGUAUAAUGUUAUGUCGAUGGCUGACUCUGAGACCAGACGCACUCUCCCAGGCAAUUCCAGCAUGAUAAAGCUGAUCAACCUGCAGCCUGAUACCACCUACACUGCUUUCCUCCACCCAAAGUCCAACCAGAGGCUGUUUAACACGCUCUCUGUUAACUUCACCACACUUCCUGAUGUUUUAAGUCCAGUGGUGGUCUCCGUGUCGGACUCCGGCCCUCAUCAGAUUCGUGUGAGCUGGUGUCCCCUGCAGCCAGCUCAGGUCCAGAGCUACAUAGUGGAGUAUGGAGCUAUUCCAAGUGGCCGUGUCCAGACUGUGAUGUUACCCAGCCAGGAAAACUCUAGAUUACUGACUGGCCUGGACCCGGUUCAGCCUGCUCUGGCUGACCUUCGGCUAACCAUAGUGGAGCCACAGGAGGUGCAGGUAACAUGGCAGGCCAGUCAGGAAGGCUUGAAAGGCUACUGGCUGAGCUGGGAGAAAGAAAAUUCACAUGAGUCCCCCUCAAAGGCACCCAUCUUCUCCAUCUACCUGCCUCCUACCUCUCAUUCAACACGGCUCACACAUGUUGCCCCGAGCAGCCAAGUGUGUGUGUCCCCGGUAUAUGGCUCAGGCAGAGGAGGCGGAUUAUGCUGCACUGCAGAGAGUCAAACAGAUUGCAGCCAGUGAAGUUCACAGACUGAAUCUGCAGCAAUCAGGCAGCUGCAUUUAAAAAACAGAUUAAUUCCAGCAUUUUAAUGUUUUUCUUUAGUUAAAAGUUUCACCUUGAAAUAAAUUAUAGUGACAGAACAGGCUGUAUUGCAUCGCCUAGCCUUUGCCUUCACAGUGGCUGAGCAAAUAUCGACCAAAAUUACAUCUGUUUUGCCUGCAAAUGAAAAUAUCACCAACUUUUAAAAAAAGAUGUGUAGCACAGCAUUCCACAUUUGUUUGUAGGUAGGUAGACAGCAUACACAGGCUGCCUACCUAGGAACUGUUAUUGAAAAUAGGCUGUAAUGUCAAAGUAGUGUUACAUACUGCAAUUAAAAACAUAUUGCUUGAAAUGAAGUUAAAAUGUCCAUUUUGCCUUAAAUAUAUUUAAAAUCCUUAAAUGUUAAGUAUGGUCCUGCCCUGUAUUUACCUUCCUGUCUAAAAUGUAAAUAAUUGGUAUUACCUGUCAAUAAAUCCUUUUAAAUUAAAACCUAUAAAUUAUAUUUUCUGA